UCAAAGCUCAAGCUACAAUUAUUUUUUAUUUAUAAGUGAAUAUAAAGAAAGAUAUUUCCAAAUAUUUAAAUUAUCAGUUUUAUUGAUUUUUUUAGUGCAGUUACAGCAAGUGGGUCUUUGACAAGCAGAGGUAUAUACCGGGUGGUGCGUCGCCGAGCGAGAACAUAGGAAAACCCAUGUAAAUUUUAAGGGGGUCAAUUAUUGGCUUCCCUGUACAUUUUAUAGAAAAAAUGUAAGAUAACUUUUUGAAGAGACCAAUCUGGCAAACCCUUGUGCAAAGUUUAAAAAAAUUUUAAUAAGUGAAUCUUAAAUUAUCCAAUUAAAUGUAAUUGCUAAAUUAGCAAAUUUUCGGUUCAGGUAAAACCAAACCGGCACCAGUAAAAUGAAUAUUGUCACUGACGUGAGGAAAAGUGUCAAUAAAUCAGUGACAGUCGAUAUUUGAAAACAAGUAUGUAUUAUUCAAUCGACGAAAAAAUAGCCAUAAUUAAGUUAAUAAAUAAUUAAUUAAUAAAUAAUAGUUAUAAUUAACUCUUACUUUGAAUGUAUGGUUGUGAGAUUGAUAAAACGAAAAAAAAAAACAUUUCUUGUAAAGUCGAAAUUAUACCUAUUUGUAAUGACGUCAUUUUUGUUUAUCUUUGUUUAGCAUAUUCCAAACAGCGGCGACAACAAACUUUUGAAAAAAAUUGGUGUCUGAUGAUUAUUCAUCUUUUAUAUGCUAGGUUAUGUGAAAUAUCCGUCACUAUCAAUCAAAAAUAUUGGUUUGUCAACUUGUUCUUGAAAGUUAUUUCGAAAAGUGUUAGAUAAUGCCUAAAAAAAGAUAUAAUAGGUAUAAUGAACAAUCGCAGCUGAUGAUUUUAAAUAUAUUGGCUUUUUUUCAACUGGAAAAGGAACAAGUCCGAAACGGAAUUGCACUUCAAAUUGAGAAUGUGAUAGAGCGAGCCGCAGAUGCAACAAAAUUGAGCACAACAACGCAAAUAUAAAGAAGAAUGGGAUAAAGUCAGAUCAGGAUUACGCAGCCCGUAUAUCUUCCAAGCAAAAGACAGCAAAAACCAAAAUUACAGCAUAUUUGAAACAUAGAAUUCGGGACACAAUUUAUUCUAUGUACGCCAGAAAAGAAUAUGUAAUAUUGGCAACAAUAAGAGAAAAGUUCAGGGAAGAAAUUGAAUAUUUUGAGUUUUCCAUUGACUCCUUUAGAAGAUGGAUCAAUAGUCAAUAUGGCUUCAAGUGGAAAAAAUCAAAUAACAGAAAAUAUUUGAUGGACUUGCCAAAUAUUGUUCAUAAAAGAAUCAAUUUUUUAAGGGAGUAUAUCAAAAAUAGAAAUGUAGGUCCGGAAGGUUUUACUUCAGUUUUCAUUGACGAGACGUGGAUUUUUAGCAAGGGAUCAUUUCGUAGUAGCUGGCAAGAUGACACCAAGCACACGGAUUCAAGGAAAAACAGUGAAGGUCAUCGUUAUAUCGUGGUCCACGCCGGAACCAAAGAUGGCUUCAUCAAGGGUGCAAAUUUAAUAUUCAAGAGUGGAUUAAAGACGGGAGAUUAUCAUGACAAUAUGAACAGGAAAAACUUCGAAAACUGGUUUAAAACUCAGCUGGUUCCAAAUCUUCCCCCAAAAUCAUUUAUAAUCAUGAACAAUGCAAGUUACCAUUCUGGUUUAUUAGAAGAAAUCCCGAGAAAAUCUUGGACAAAGCAGAGACUGACCGAAUGGUUGAAGAAAAAGAAUAUUGGCUUUCUAGAAAAAGCCAUGAUAGAUGAAAUAUGGAGUAUUGCACGCAGACACCGCCCUAGUGAAAAAAAGUAGUUCCUUGAUGAAUAUGUGAAACCUUUAGGACACAAAAUUUUGCGACUGCCACCAUAUCAUUGCCAGUUUAAUGCAUUUGAAAUGGUAUGGUCGGAAUGUAAACGAAAAUAUGAUCAAUAUAUUUCCAAUUUUAAGGGGUCACCUUCAGAAGUUCUCACUACAUGGGAAAGGGUAAUAAACGAAAUUUCUAUAGAUCAUUGGCAAAAAUAUGUUUUUCAUACAGAAAAGGUAAUUGAAAAGGCUUGGGAGGCAAUACAAGUGUGUGAUGCCUAUGACAUUCUGCCACUUGUGAUUACGACUGACGAAGACGACGAUGACGAAGACAAUACCUCUGAUUUCAGUUCUGACUCUGACAAUACUGACGAGAUUGAUUAAGCUUUUUUUGUUCUAGCAAAUUUUAUUUUAUGAUCGUCGUUUAAGUAUUCAAUCAUAUCGUUGCAAUUUCAUUAACUUGGUAAUGCAAUAUGGCAUGUUUUUUUUGAGUUUGUAUGUUUUAUUUUUUGGAAUGGUAUUUUCAUUUCAGUGUGUUAACAUAUUCCUUCAAGCAGCAUUUUUUUUCAUGAACAAGUAAAUUAAAUUGUGAGUAUUUAAAUUUUUCCCAGUGAGUUAAAAUAAUUUUAUACCAUUAUUCACAAUUUUCGUAAGCUCGGUUUUGUUACGUCUACUGCUCGUGCCGAAUUCUACUUUUCAAAUAUGUUGUAGAUUUGGUUUUUGCGGUCUUUUGCCUGGAAAAUAUAUGAGCAGCGUAAUCCUGAUCUGAUUUUAUCCCAUUCUUCUUUAUAUUUGCGAUCGUUGUUGUGCUCAAUUUUGUUGCAUCUGUGGCUCGCUCUAUCACAUUCUCAAUUUGCAGAGCAAUUCCGUUUCGGACUUAUUAUUUAUGUCCCAUUAUUUAUGAUUAAUUAUAAUAAUAUUUGUUAAUUGUUAAGUUUGUUAAUAAUACAAUAAAUACUACAAGAUUUUUUAAAAUUGAAUGGAAGUAUAUACACGAAUAUAAAAAUAUAAAAAAAAUCAGCUGCUAAAAUAAAUCAUUUGUUAAUUUCUGAACGUAUAAAAAUACACAGCAGACUAUUAAUUUCUGAAGGCGAUGGUAAAGUUUCUAACCUAAUAUUGAUUGGCAAAAAUAUCUACGCCAUACGUUUUUUCUCACCUGGAUGACGUAACUACAAAUGGGUAUAAUUUCGACUUUAUUCGGCUGUACGUCAGAUUUGACAAAGCCUUAUAACAAAUUGUUUGCUGGUGGCUGGUGUCUGGUUUUACCUGAAACGAAAAUUUGGUAAUUUUGCAAUUACAUUUAAUUGAAUAAUUCAAGAUUCGCUUAUUAAAAUUUUUUGAAACAUUGCACGAGGGUUUGCCAGAUUGGUCUCUUCAAAAAGUUAUCUUAUAUUUUUUCUGUAAAAUGUACAGGGAAGCCAAUAAUUGACCCCCUUAAAAUUUACAUGGGAUUUCCUACG